UGCAGACGUUUGAUGGACGCUCAAUAAUAAAUUACAGUUGUUCAACUCAACAGAAGGGCUUGGGCUUCCACCCGGCGUGGUGUGAAGCAGAGCAGCUAGCGCUCAGAUCAGCAUCCAUUCUGACUAAACUGACUACUGAGCUCACACUUCUGAGGAGGAGGAAUGAUUUCGGACAAUUUGGAGGAGCCGUGGCUGUUCAACUGCCAGAGAAACGAUGACGAGGCAGUGGUGGACAGAGGAGGAACACGCUCCCUGCAGAGGUCCAACUUCGAACAGGAGGAUCUUGAAGCAGGACACAGGACUCUAUACAUUGGGGUCCAUGUUCCUUUGGGCAGCACCAGGCAUCGUAGUCACCGCAGACACCGCCACCACGGACACAAACACAGACGGAGCAGGGAGCGGACCCCCAUCUUGGUGGAGGGACGAGAGUCCCCAAUUUACGACACCCCAUCCCAGAGAGUCCAGUUCCUGCUGGGGGCGGAGGACGAUGACGAGGACCACCUGCCUCAUGACCUUUUCACUCAGAUGGACGAGAUCUCAGUGAGGGAGGGGGAGGACUCGGACUGGAGAGAAAGUGCCAGGUGGUUGAAGUUCGAGGAGGAUGUUGAAGACGGAGGAGAGAGAUGGAGUAAACCUUACGUUGCAACGCUGUCGCUGCAUAGUUUGUUCGAGCUGCGCAGCUGUAUCAUCAACAGCACGGUGCUGCUCGACAUGAGGGCCAGCACCAUCGAGGAGAUCGCAGAUAUGGUGUUGGACCACCAGGAGUUGUACGCUCCUCUGGGGGAUGAACUUCGACUGAGGGUUCGUGAAACUCUACUGAAGCAGCACCAUCACCAGAAUCAGAAGAAGCUCUCCAACCGCCUCCCGAUUGUCAGAUCCUGGGCCGAUAUGGGACGGCGCUCCUCAGACCACCAUAUAGACAAAAAUGGUCAGAUGACAUCAUCCCAGACUCAUUUAGCUGCUCCUGAUGGCAAAGGCGACAUCACCAGGGAGAACAGCUCCGUGGACUUCAGUAAAAUGGACCUUCAUUUUAUGAAGAAAAUCCCACCGGGUGCAGAAGCGUGUAACGUUUUGGUGGGAGAGCUGGAGUUCCUGAACAAGCCUGUGGUGGCGUUUGUGCGUCUGUCGCCUGCGGUGCUGCUGAGCGGGCUUGCGGAGGUCCCCAUCGCCACCAGGUUUUUGUUCAUUCUUCUGGGACCCUUUGGAAGGGGGGCUCAGUACCGUGAGAUUGGAAGGUCCAUCGCGACUCUCAUGACCGAUGAGGUUUUCCACGAUGUUGCCUAUAAAGCUAAAGACCGAAAUGAUCUGAUCGCUGGUGUUGACGAAUUCCUGGAUCAAGUGACGGUCCUGCCACCAGGAGAGUGGGACCCAUCCAUCAGAAUAGAGCCGCCAAAAAACGUACCUUCUCAGGAGAAAAGAAAGAAAAGCAACCUUUUACAUUCGGAUGCAGAAGGCAAUGGCGAGGAGCACGGAGGCCAUGGAGGUCCAGAACUGGAGCGCACAGGACGGUGGUUUGGUGGUCUGAUUCUCGACAUCAAACGCAAACUACCUCACUAUGUCUCCGACUACAAAGACGCGUUCAGUCUGCAGUGCGUGGCUUCCUUCCUGUUCCUCUACUGUGCCUGCAUGUCACCGGUCAUCACGUUCGGAGGACUCCUGGGCGAGGCAACUGAAGGACGAAUAAGUGCAAUUGAGUCACUCUUCGGAGCUUCGCUAACAGGAAUAGCCUACUCGCUCUUCGCUGGACAGCCUCUCACCAUUCUGGGCAGCACCGGGCCGGUGCUGGUGUUUGAGAAGAUAUUGUUCAAAUUCUGCAAAGAAUACGGAUUGUCCUAUCUGUCGCUAAGAACCUGCAUCGGCCUCUGGACUGCGUUCCUUUGUAUCGUCCUGGUGGCCACUGACGCCAGCUCCCUGGUGUGUUACAUCACACGCUUCACAGAAGAAGCCUUCGCCUCCCUCAUCUGCAUCAUCUUCAUCUACGAGGCCUUGGAGAAACUCAUCAACUUGGGGGACUACUACCCAUUCAACAAAAACAACGACCUGGACAGACUCACCUUGUACUCAUGUUCAUGCGUUGAGCCAGCUGACCCCACAAAUGCCACCCUGAAGUACUGGGAGAUCAACAACAUCACUGCCUCAGAAAUCUACUGGGAAGCCAUGGAGGUCAAGGACUGUGUUGACAAGCGAGGGGAGUUCGUGGGCACAGCCUGCGGCCCCAGUGGACCGUACGUGCCAGAUGUCCUCUUCUGGUGUGUCAUUCUCUUCUUCUCCACCGUCUUCAUGUCUGCCUUCCUCAAGGAGUUCAAGUUCAGCACUUAUUUUCCCACCAAGGUGAGAGCCAUCAUCAGUGACUUUGCUGUUUUCAUCACCAUCCUCACAAUGGUGCUGAUCGACUACUCUUUAGGGAUCCCGUCUCCAAAACUCAAGGUCCCCAGUGUGUUUAAACCCACCAGAGAUGACCGCGGCUGGUUCAUCAACCCCCUGGGUCCGAACCCCUGGUGGACGGCGAUCAUCACGGUGAUUCCUGCUCUGCUUUGCACCAUCCUGAUCUUCAUGGACCAGCAGAUCACGGCAGUCAUCAUCAACAGGAAGGAGCACAAGCUCAAGAAAGGCUGCGGGUACCACUUGGAUCUGUUCAUGGUGGGGGUGAUGCUGGGCGUCUGCUCUCUGAUGGGCCUGCCGUGGUUCGUCGCCGCGACCGUCCUGUCAAUCAGCCAUGUCAACAGCCUGAAGCUCGAGUCGGAGUGCUCAGCCCCGGGAGAGCAGCCCAAGUUCCUGGGCAUCCGAGAGCAGCGCUUCACUGGCCUCAUGAUCUUCACCCUCAUGGGCUCCUCGGUCUUCAUGACAUCAGUGCUGAAGUUCAUCCCCAUGCCUGUCCUGUAUGGAGUCUUCCUCUAUAUGGGAGCAUCGUCCCUCAGAGGAAUCCAGUUCUUCGACCGCCUGAGACUGUUUGGGAUGCCGGCCAAGCACCAGCCGGACUUCAUCUAUCUCAGACACGUGCCCCUGAGGAAGGUCCAUCUCUUCACCAUCAUCCAGCUCAGCUGCCUGACCCUCCUGUGGGUCAUCAAAACCUCACGGGCAGCCAUUGUGUUUCCUAUGAUGGUGUUAGCUCUGGUGUUCAUCCGGAAGCUGAUGGACUGCAUCUUCACCAAAAGAGAGCUGAGCUGGCUGGACGACCUCAUGCCAGAAAGCAAGAAGAAGAAGCUUGAAGACGCCGAAGAGGAGGAAGAGCAGAGUAUAAUGGCGGAGGAUGAAGGAGCAGAGCAAGUGCCGUUACAGGGGGGGAUUCCCAUCAUCAACAUCACGGAUGAAAUGUCAAAAGGCUCUUUUGGAAACUCCUGGAACACUCACUGCUAAGAUCUUAAAACGCCGUGAAGUCUUUUGAGCCACUUGAGGGAGCCUAAAGAAGUCCACCCACGGUGACUCAAAGAUCUUGGAAGUCAAAAACAACACUUCACUUCAAGGGUGCUGGAUCAUUUUGCUUUUUAUCUCUGUGUGAUUGUCUCACCCCCGUGAAACACGCAGUCUCUGUAAGUCUGUGGAUGAACACGCACCCCGGCGUGAUAGAGACAUUCUCAUCCUGAAAAGUAUUUUGUGGCGUAUUUGUACUUGUAAAUCGCAGACGUGUAAAGGCAAUUUCUUGCGGAGAGAUUAUUGUAAUAUAUUCUAUAUACUGGGACUUUCAUGUGAAUGUAUUCCUUCGAAUAAAUAUACUAUCAUGUAUACCACACUCAGAUCAGUAUAAAAUACAUUCUUAUAUUCUGCUAGUACAUUUUCUAUCCGGGCAGUCAGAUUAAAAGACCACUUCACACGUGCACUAAAUAUGAAAUACAGAUCAGCUAACUGCUGAUGUUCAUUAGAUUAGACGUCCUUUAUUUCUACACAUGAUUUACAACAACGACAAACAAAUAUGUGACUAAACAAUACUGCGUAUGCAUAACAGAUAUUUAUUCAGUUUUAUAUGUCUAUAUAUCUACAUGCUACAUUUUAUAUUAAAGUUCAUCCUGUUACAUCAUGUUUGCUUUGAAUGUUUGUGCGAAGGGCAGUAAAAUAAAAAUGUG